GUUAUUAAAAAGGUGGCAACCAACAUCUCCAAUAGUGCAAACUUCACGGAUUCCAACAGGUUGUUUGAGUUCUUUUUAUGUCUCAGACUGAAGUCAACAUUUUGGCAUUUAUAAGGAUUGAUUGUGAAACCAUCACCAAUAGACCAUCGUUCAAUGUGAAAUAAAAACGCAUUUAUUUCAGGGUGAUGUAAAGUGGUAGAAAUCUUCAUACAUACAGUGAGAUCAUCCGCAUACUGAACAAAGGUGUUUUCUGUGAAAGAUGACAAAUCAUGCAGGAAAUCUGUGAAAAUAAUAGUAGAAUCCUUUAUGUCGUUUAUAUCCACCAAUCUGGUAAAAGAGAUGGAUAUUUGCUUUUCGUACUCCCAAUUUCGUAAACAAAACUCUCGACGCGAGAAAGACUUCCCUGACAGUGAUUGUAUAUGUGUGGCUAUUUGAGAGCAUUUUGAGAAGUAGUGCAAACUCUCCCUACCCUCGACCGUACCAAGGUAUUUGGGGGUAAUCUAAUUACCUUUACUCUUCAACUAAAGAGGUUGGAUUUCAAUAAAAAGUUGAAUAAAUACAAAGUGAGUAACAUUAAUCUAUGGGAGAUACGAUUUAAUAUGGAUAGGAUGGGAAUUAAGAAAAUAUAUAGAUUCAAUUAGCUUGAAUGACCACUGUAAAAGGUGAAUUGAUAGAUUUGAUUUGUAGGAAGAUAUGAACAGAAUAACAGAGCUUAUUACUGUUUUCUGAUUAAUUGAUUUGUUCAGAACUUCUCAAUUAGUAGCUUUAUGGUUUAUGAAUAUAAUUUGCUCAUUUUGAAAAGUUUUUUUGUUUCCUGUUACUACUUAUAUCAAUCUUUUCUGAUAUUUCUCUUUUAAUUGAAUAGUUUUCUAUCGUUUAACUGUUUUAAAAUACACUGGUUGAUUGCCUAUCACUACAGGAUGGUACUACUCAUCAUUGAGGUGAAUGUCUCGAAACUGAUGAUAGAAAUUAUUAAGUUCAACUUUCUGAAUGGACUAGAUCGUUAGAACAACAAUGGACGUUCAACAGAAAACUAUAUCUACUAUCUGUGGAUAGAAAUGUACAGCUGUGAUAUUUUAAAACAAAUCAUGUUUACUUACUUUUACUACGACUGUUACUCCCAAUGUGGUAUAGGCCACCGACCAGCAUUCUCCAACCCACUCUGUCCUGGGCCUUCGUUUCUAGUUCCAUCCAAUGUUUGUUCAUUUUUCCCAUGUCUAUCUCCAUUUCUCGACGUUAUGUGUUCUUUGGUCUUCCUCUUCUCCUUUGGCCUUCUGGAUCCCAUAUGAGGGCUCGUCUUGUGACGCAAUUGGAUGCUUUCCUCAAUGUGUGUCCUAUCCACUUCCAGCGCUUCUUCCUGAUUUCUUCAUCCGCUGUGAUCUGGUUUGUUCUCCUCCACAGUAAGUUGUUGCUAAUAGUGUCUGGCCAACGGAACCGAAGUACUUUGCGUAGAGAGCCGUUAAUAAGCACUUGUAUCUUCUGGAUCAUGGCUUUCGUAAUCCUCCACGUUUCCACUCCAUACAGUAGAACUGUCUUGACAUUUGUAUUGAGAUUCCUAACCUUGGUGUUGGUUGACAGUUGUUUUAAAUUGCAGAUAUUCUUCAGUUGUAAAUAUGCUACUCAUGCUUCGCCGAUCCGCGCCUUCACAUCUGCAUCACGUCUAGUGUGUUCAUCAAUGAUACUGCCCAAAUAUGUAAAAAAUUUUCACAUCUUCCAAAUCUUCUCCGUCAAUUGUGAUUCGAUUGUUGCAUGCUGUGUUGUAUUGAAGAAUCAUGUUACUACCAAUUUUUUAUAUUGGUUGCAGUUCAUUUUAACAUGUACGUGUGUACUAGUGAUGUCAUUCAUGAGAUAUUGUUUUCUUAAUUUGUUCAAUAAUACAUGUCUCUCUAUCCUGAUGAUCAGUCUUUCAUUUUAUACAACAGUUACAUUGUCAAAAAUACAUACGACAAAUUUUAUAAACAUACAAUGUACAACUUAUUUCUUUAUAUUUCAUAUUUAUAAUUCUGUAAAAUUAUGACUUGGCUUUAUCAUGGAUAUCUAAUUUUACUCCACUUUUAAUAUGAACUCAACUAUUCAAUGUUCAAUUGAUUGUAUCACGAAAUAAUAGGAUAUGAUACGGUCACCUCCUUUCCUCCCUCCUCUCUCUCUGAUUGGUUUGUAAUAAUAGCAUAUUUUGAAAAUAACAAUUACAGAAUUGAUGCCAGUUUA